AAUAAUACACAUAAUAUAGUUUAUUUUCUUAAUUAUUUAAUAAUUAAAUAAUUAAAAUAUAAAUUAUUUUUAAAAUUAUAUAAAUAUUUAGAAUAAUACCAAUAUUUUUCAUAAUUUUAAAAAAAAUAAAAAAUGAUAUAUAAAAUAAUAUUUAUAAUAUUAUCGAUAGUAUUAAUAAAUAGUAAUAUAAUAAUAUGUAAUUGUGAAAAUAAAAUAGAAACCAUAAUAAGUAAUAGCUGUGUUAGUUAUAUAGAUAUCAAUAGUAAUUUUAAUCAAACAGAAGAAUGUGGAAGCAGUUUAGAAACACCAUGUACUAAUAUUACAAGCGCAUUAAAAACAUGCAAUUUAGUUAGCUUUGAUGAAAUCACAUUAAAUUUUCAACCAGGUCAAUAUAAUUUUAGUAAUAUCGAUGUUUUUGGUGAAACCAUUACACCAGGCAAAUCAAUAAAUAUUAUAAAUCUUCAGUAUAACACAAGUACAUUAAAUGACACAACACUGACUACAGUAAUAUUCGAUUUAAGCAAUUCUUUAAAUUCAUUUAUAAAUAUUUCAAGUCAACAAGCAAACUCUUCAAACUCUGUAUAUAUAUACGGUAUAACAUUCCAAAAUGGUUAUCAAAAUGCUCAACAACUUGGUACUGGUGGUUCAGUUUUAGUUAGUUAUGGUGCAGGUGCCUCAAAUUUUACAUUCGAAAAUUGCAUUUUCCAAAACAAUACAGUAAAUCCAAAUGGGUCUAGUGGAGUAUCAAGUGGCGGCUCGAUAGCAUUACAAAACUAUGAUGGUAAUGAAACAAAUUUACCAAUGUCAUUGAAUAUUACAGGCUGCACAUAUCAAAACACAGUGUCUUUUCAAACUCAAGGUGGUUUUAUUUUUAUCGCAGAUGAACUCUUUGUAAAUUUGGUUAUUGAUGGAACAACCUUUACCAACUUUAGUGGAGAUUCAGGUGUAGUUUUCUAUACAACCAGUGUUGGUCUAUAUAAUGCUGGUUGCACUUUCCAAUUUUCAAACUCAUUCAUCACACAAGGUAGUUUCAGCAACUCUAUAUUCCAUUUCGAUAUUCCAAGUACCAUACAAAAUGUAACAGCCUUUGACAAUACUGCAGGUAAUAUAUUUUCCAUCAGCGCCAACGGUGUAAAUAAUAUUUCGUUCGAAAACUGCAGUUUCUUAAACAACACAAAUACCACAGCUAUACUUUUAAAGAACUGCCCACAAAAUGUAGAGAUCAACGAUUGCAUAUUCGAAAAUAACAACUAUACAAACAGUUUAGAUAGAAACGGAGCAAUAACCAUAGUGACAUCGGUAGCAUCCAUUAUCGACAGUGUAUUCAAGAACAACAACUCACCUUAUGGCUCAUCAAUUUUCAUUAAUGAAGUUUAUUUGGGCAAUUCAAUUAAUAUUUUAAACUCAUUAUUUGAAUCAAAUAAUGCAACCUAUGGUGGAGGAUUAUAUACCAACGAAGGUGUAGUCAAUUUACAAGGUAAUAAUACAUUCAUUAAUAAUAUGGGUGUUGCAGGUUCCGCAAUUUAUUGUCAAUCUUCAACCAUCAGUUUCCAAGGUGAUGCUGCAUUCGAAAACAAUGUUGACACUUCAAUUCAAAGUCAGUUUGGAAUUGGAUGUGGAUCUGGUUUGGCCUGUACCCUAGAAGGAAAUCCUCAAUACCAAGAUACCUGCAGUAGCUAUCAACCAAACAAAGCCAAAAUUUUAACACCAGUCCAAGUAACAUUUAUUGUAAUUGGUACUAUUUUAGGUGCAUUUUUAAUUUGUGCUGUAAUUAUUAUAAUAGUUAGAAAGGUAUCGGUCUACAACCGUUAUCGUCCAGUUGGUUACUAGAAAACAAUUAAAUCUCCAACAAUAAUAUAAUUUUAAAUAUCUAAAUUUUAAUUUUAUUAAUUAUUAAUUUUAAUUUUAAAAUAUCAAUCAUAAUCAAAUAAAGUUUGUGAGUGCAUAUGCAUCAUCAAAAUAC